AAGAUUUCAAAGAAACUAGAAAGCUUCAACUCCACAAUUUCAGAAUUGCAGUAGUAUAAUUUAUUGCUGCAUAAUUCAGCGAUUACAACUCAUAAGCUGAAUCAUGUAUUAAGCAAUUUUGAAAUCAAAAUACAACUUGACUUACUUUUUACGGAGGUAGUCCUCCCCAAUUAUUCUUCUUUAGUUGAACACAAACUACAAUAUGCCUACUCCAGUUAUAAAUCCUAAUUUAGAUUUGGAACCAUUAAAUAAUGAGGAAAUAUUAAAAAUAGCACGUAAACAAGGUGAAGAUCCAGAUAGAAUUUGUUCAAUAAUUGAUGAAUUUCGGAAUAUUAUUUAUGAAAGAGAAGACUGUACACCACAUAGAACUGAUACUGAAUUUUUAAUAAAAUUUUUAAGAGCUAGAUUUUGGAGAAUAGAAUCAAGUUAUAAAUUGUUAUGCAAUUAUUGUAAUUUUCGUAAUGCAAAUCGUGAUUUAUAUGAAAAAUUACAUCCACUUGAUUUAAAAGAUAUUGGUGAAGCUGAUGUUGUUACAGUAACACCAUAUAAAGAUCAAUUGGGUCGUCGUAUUAUGAUAUAUCGUUUUGGUAAUUGGAUACCAUCAAAAGUACCAGUUGAUGAUAUCUUAAAAACAACAUUAUUACUAUUAGAAAUGGGUGCAUUAGAACCAUCUUUUCAAGUAUUAGGUGGUGUUGGUAUAAUUGAUUUAACAAAUUUAUCAUUACGUCAGGUAUUUCAUUUAACACCAUCAGUAGCACAAAAAAUGUUAGCUUUAAUAGUGACAUCAUUACCAAUACGAACAAAUGCAAUACAUAUUGUAUUUCAAAAUUGGGUAUUUAAUACAGCAUUCAGUAUAUUUAAACCAUUUUUAAGUUCUAGAAUGAGAGAAAGAAUAUAUAUACAUGGAGAUGAUAUGUCAUCAUUACAUAAGCAUAUAUUACCAGAAAAUUUACCAAAACGUUAUGGUGGAAUACAUGAUGAUUGUCCAUAUACAAUUUGGGUUGAAAAUUUAUUAAAAAAUGAAAAAAUUUUAAGAGAAUUAGAAUCAUUAGGAUAUGUUGUUCAUUCAAGAAAUUUAUUAUUAAAUAAAAAUUAGAAUUUAUUAAAUUUUAACUUAAAAUGUAAAUUUUUUUAAAUAAUAUUCUCUAUGAAAUAUUAAAGCUAAAAAUACUUUAUUUCUAUUUUUUAUAUUGUAAUAGAAAAUUAAGCAGUACACAAGAAAUUAACUAUAAUUAUUAUUGAUUAUUAAAUUUUUUUUUUUAUAAAAAUUUAAUUUUUUACUCAAGCUUUUAAAAUUACAUGAAUUUAUUCAAUUACAAAUUCCACCCCAUACACAAAGUAUAAAAGAAAAAAAAUUAUUAAAAAAGCUCGGGGGCAUGAAACUUUGUACCGAAAUUUUGAUAUUUAGAACAAAAUAUCUAUAUAAAAUAUGAGUUUAAUUAGUGUAUAUAUAUAUUUCAUUAAGUUUUUUAUAAAGUUAUUAAAUUUAUAUUUUUUUAAAAUGUAAAAGAAAAUAAAAAAAAUUUUGUGAUAAUAAAAAAAA